AUGAGGACGCUCACUCUGCUCACCACCCUUCUCCUGCUGGCCCUCCACACCCAGGCAGAAUUUCCCCAAGGACGCACUGAGGAGUCUCCAGACCAGAAGCUGCUGAUCAUGGAGGACCAGGAUAUUUCCAUAUCCUUCACAGGGGAUAAAGGCACUCCUCUCCAAGAUGCAGAUGUGAAGUCAGGCGUGAUCUGCAAUUGCAGGCCCAGGGGCUGUAGUUCUAAAGAACGAGUCUAUGGGGAAUGCGGUUACAAUGGCCACAUUUUGCGACUCUGUUGCCAACCACUGAACACUACGAACAAGAAGAGUCCAUUUGUCAUAUGA